ACUGAUUCCCAAAAACUUCCAGCAUUUACUUUCUAUGUAUUUUGCUGUUCGUGAGAUCAACACGAACAUCAAGCAGUUCCCCAACAUCACAGUAGAACUGGAAAUUUAUGAAACCCGUUUUAUUGUCAGGGAGGCCAGUAAGCAUGUUUUAGACCUUCUAUUUCUGAACCGAGAGAGUCCUGUCAACUUCAAUUGUGCCAGAAGGAGCAAGACAGACUUCUUGCCUGUCAUUGGUGAUCUCCCCUCUACCACCUCCAUCCAGAUGGCCCACAUUUUGAACACAUAUAAGUUUCCACAGCUUCACUAUUUCCUGAGAAACACCCAUUUUAAUAACAGUGUGGGAGAUGAAAUCUUUUUUGAUGAGAAGGGGGAUUUUGACCCAGGAUAUGAGAUCUUCAAUGUGGUCACCUUCCACAAUAAAUCCUUCCAGAGGGUCCAAAUUGGAAGGAUGGAAUCCAAAGCUCCAGAUGGGAAAAAGUUCACCCUCAAUGGAAGUGCCAUUGUGUGGAAUCACAAGUUUCAGCAGGUACCUCCCUGUGCCAGAUGUGUGGAGAGUUGCUUCCCGGGGUACAGAAGGGUUGUUCAGGAUGGAAAAUAUGUAUGUUGCUACAGUUGCACAAAAUGCCCUGAAGGAAGAAUUUCAGUUGAAAUGGAUGCAGACCAAUGUGAGAGAUGCCCAGAAGAUCGAUAUUCUAAUGCAGAAAAUGUCCAGUGCCUUCCCAAAAGUUUCAGCUAUUUAUCCUACAGUGAACCCUUGGGAGUUGUUCUGACUUUCUUGAUUUUUGUUUUUUCAGCUACCCUCAUAUUAGUGGCAGUGACUUUUAUUCUGCACUGGGAAAGCCCCAUUGUCAAAGCAAACAACAGGAACAUCACAUGCAUUUUUCUUUUCUGUCUCCUGCUUUGUUUUUUGUGCCCCCUGCUAUUUAUUGGCUGGCCUCGGGAGAUGACUUGCUUUUUCAGACAAACUUUAUUUGGCCUGAUUUUCUCCAUCUCAAUUUCCUGUGUCUUAGCUAAAACCAUUACAGUUGUUAUGGCCUUUUUGGCCACUAAGCCAGGAAACCAGAUGAGGAAAUGGCUAGGAAAAAGACUGGCAGGAUCCAUCAUUGUCAUAUGUGCAUGUAUUCAAGCAAUUAUUUGUGUGGUAUGGUUAAUUAUGUCUCCUCCUUUCCCAGAACAGGACAUGCAUUCACAGGUUGAUGAGAUUAUUGUGCAAUGUAAUGAAGGCUCAGAUUCCAUGUUCUACAUUGUCCUGGGCUACUUGGGGCUUCUGGCCACCAUCAGUUUCACUGUGGCUUUCUUUGCCCGAAAAUUGCCAGAUACUUUCAAUGAAGCCAAACUGAUCACCUUCAGUAUGCUUGUGUUUUGUAGCAUUUGGGUGUCCUUCAUCCCAGCUUAUCUGAGCACUAAGGGGAAAUACAUGGUGGCUGUGGAGAUCUUCUCCAUCUUAUCUUCUACUGCUGGCUUACAGGGUUGCAUCUUUUUCCCCAAGUGUUACAUCAUUCUCUUGAAGCCACAUUUAAACAUGAAAGAACAUCUGACCAGAAGGACAGUUUAA